UUUUUUUCUCUCUCCGGCUCUCUGGUCUUGUGUGUUGGGGGGAUGGGGCCGUGUCGAGGAUGAGAAAGCUCUCGUGGUGCAAUUUACUACUUGACUAAGAAACUGUGUGGGUUACCGGAUUUGGUAACUUUAACUUUUUUUUUUACGUUUCUAUCUUUCUACCACGUAUGUGUUUCGGAGACGUGGGACAGGAAUAGAGUGGAUCAUCCAUACGUCCACGCCGUGCGCUUAACUCGACAAAAUGUAUUCCUCUCCUGGAGGAGGGUUUUCAGACGAACAUGCUUCUUCUGUUUUACCUACAGAGAUGGAGGGACCCCAUUCCUCUGGGUCAAUUGGCUCUGAUCCCCCAUCUCCCCCCAUUCCAGAGUAUGUAUUCAAGCCCCCGUCGCGGCCAGACUUUGGUACCAUGGGCAGGACAAUCAAGCUCCAGGCCAACUUCUUUGAGAUGGAAAUCCCUAAACUGGAGGUGUACCAUUACGACAUUGACAUCAAGCCCGAGAAGUGCCCCAGGAGGGUGAACCGUGAUAUUGUAGAGCACAUGGUCCAGCACUUUAAAACCCAGAUAUUUGGGGACCGAAAGCCGGUGUACGAUGGCAGAAAGAACCUCUAUACCGCCAUGCCCCUGCCCAUCGGUAGAGAAAAAGUGGAGCUCGAGGUGACCAUUCCUGGCGAGGGGAAGGACCGCAGCUUCAAAGUGGCCAUCAAAUGGGUCUCCAUCGUGAGUCUGCAAGCUCUCCACGAGGCGCUGACAGGACGGCUGCCCAACAUCCCCUUCGAGACCAUCCAGGCCCUGGAUGUGGUCAUGAGACACCUGCCCUCCAUGAGGUACACUCCUGUGGGCCGCUCCUUCUUCACCCCCUCAGAAGGCUGCUCCAACCCCCUCGGUGGUGGCAGAGAGGUGUGGUUCGGCUUCCACCAGUCCGUCAGGCCGUCUCUCUGGAAGAUGAUGCUUAAUAUCGAUGUCUCUGCCACGGCAUUCUACAAAGCCCAGCCUGUAAUAGAGUUCAUGUGCGAAGUGUUGGACUUCAAGAGCAUCGAAGAGCAACAGAAGCCACUCACAGAUUCCCAGAGGGUGAAAUUCACCAAGGAAAUCAAAGGUCUGAAGGUGGAGAUCACCCACUGUGGGCAGAUGAAGAGGAAGUACAGAGUGUGCAACGUGACCAGAAGACCAGCCAGCCACCAGACGUUCCCCCUGCAGCAGGAGAACGGCCAAACCAUCGAGUGCACCGUAGCGCAGUACUUCAAAGACAAAUACAAGCUCAUCCUGAGGUACCCCCACCUGCCCUGCCUCCAGGUGGGACAGGAACAGAAGCACACCUACCUUCCUCUAGAGGUGUGUAACAUAGUGGCAGGGCAGCGCUGCAUCAAGAAGCUGACGGACAAUCAGACCUCCACUAUGAUCCGCGCCACCGCCCGGUCGGCGCCGGACCGGCAGGACGAGAUCAGCAAGCUGAUGAGGAGUGCCAACUUCAACGCGGACCCGUACGUGCGGGAGUUCGGGGUGAUGGUGAGGGACGAGAUGACGGAGGUGAACGGCCGCGUCCUCCAGGCGCCCUCCAUUCUGUAUGGAGGCAGGGUAAGUGACUCCAAGAACAAAGCAAUAGCGACACCAAUCCAGGGAGUCUGGGACAUGAGGAACAAGCAGUUCCACACAGGCAUAGAGAUCAAAGUGUGGGCCAUCGCCUGCUUUGCCCCCCAGAGGCAGUGCACUGAACUCCUGCUGAAAGCCUUUACCGACCAGCUGAGGAAGAUCUCUCGAGACGCGGGCAUGCCCAUCCAGGGCCAGCCCUGCUUCUGCAAGUACGCCCAGGGAGCGGACAGCGUGGAGCCCAUGUUCAAGCACCUCAAAUACACCUACCAGGGCCUGCAGCUGGUGGUCGUCAUCCUCCCCGGGAAGACCCCUGUUUACGCCGAGGUGAAGCGCGUGGGGGACACGGUGCUGGGCAUGGCCACUCAGUGUGUCCAGGUGAAGAACGUGCAGAAGACCACCCCCCAGACCCUCUCCAACCUCUGCCUGAAGAUCAACGUCAAGCUGGGCGGGGUCAACAACAUCCUGCUGCCCCAGGGCCGGCCUCUGGUGUUCCAGCAGCCAGUCAUCUUCCUCGGCGCUGACGUCACCCACCCCCCCGCUGGGGACGGGAAGAAGCCCUCCAUCGCUGCAGUGGUGGGCAGCAUGGACGCCCACCCGAGCCGCUACUGCGCCACGGUGCGCGUCCAGCAGCACCGGCAGGACAUCAUCCAGGACCUGGCCACCAUGGUGCGCGAGCUGCUCAUCCAGUUCUACAAGUCCACGCGCUUCAAGCCCACGCGCAUCAUCUACUACCGCGACGGCAUCUCCGAGGGCCAGUUCAACCAGGUGGCUGUCCUGCAGCACGAGCUGCUGGCCAUCCGCGAGGCCUGCAUCAAGCUGGAGAAGGACUACCAGCCCGGCAUCACCUUCGUGGUGGUCCAGAAGAGGCACCACACCAGGCUCUUCUGCACAGACCGGAACGAGCGGGUCGGAAAGAGCGGCAACAUCCCUGCGGGCACCACAGUGGACACCAAAAUCACCCACCCCUCAGAGUUUGACUUCUACCUGUGCAGUCACGCCGGCAUACAGGGCACCAGCAGGCCCUCCCACUACCACGUGCUGUGGGACGACAACCAUUUCACCUCGGACGAGCUACAAGUGCUCACCUACCAGCUGUGCCACACCUACGUGCGCUGCACCCGCUCGGUCUCCAUCCCGGCACCGGCCUACUACGCCCACCUGGUGGCCUUCCGUGCACGCUACCACCUGGUGGACAAGGAGCACGACAGUGCUGAGGGCAGCCACACGUCGGGCCAGAGCAACGGCCGGGACCAGCAGGCCCUGGCCAAGGCGGUGCAGAUCCACCAGGACACCCUGCGCACCAUGUACUUUGCCUGAAGGCCCGUCCGGCGCUGCACAUGGGUGAGGUCAUCGCUUCCGGUCCCGCCGUCGGCGGGGGGGGGCGUCCGCACAGGGGAGCUCCGCGGUAGCCCUCCGAUCCUUGAGGGAUGUCGCUUGUCUCCAACAUUACUUUUUAUUUUUUAUUUAUGCUUCACGUACGCGACCUCCUCCUUCCUUCUUUCUCUUCCUCGUGCUCUCUCUCUCUCCAUCUUUUAAACACAAACAACAAAAGUCGCCACUAUGAGACUGGGCUAAUGAGGUCUUCUGCAUUACCAAUGUGGAGGUCGCCCCUGUUUACUAACCAGGCAAGCGUUCAGUGUGUAUUUGUACAUUUUUGGCGGCGUGAGUUGACCCCGUCUAACGCAAAAGGCAUAUAUAGUUCUACACCGUUAGAAGAAGAAACUACAGACGACUCGUCGUCCCUUCGAGUGGUCCGAAGACCAACGCCACGCCUUUUUAUUCCUUUUUUCUCUCUCCUUUGUUUGGUUUUCCACCCACUUUUCCAUACUUUAUUCUAAUCAAUGUGGGACUUGGUGUCUCAAAAGAUGGAUCAAUCCUAAACAUUCUCUGUUAUAUAUUAUUAUUAUUAUUUAUCAAUCAAUCAAAGCAUCAUGCACUGACCAAAACGGAGACUUAAAUCGGGACAGAAGCUCUUAACACAUUGUGACUUGCAUUGCAUCUUUUAAAUCUUAUUUUCUUCUCCACACGGGGGGACGGUGUAUAGAGAAGUGUCCUUUCUUAGACUGCCAUAUUUAAUACCGUUAUGAGUUACAUUCACAAUCAUCGGGGGAACGUCACCGUCUUCAACACUGGCGAACUAAACGCAUCUUUGAAAAUCCUAAUCUGAUGCAAACCUAAAGAAUUGUAUAAAGCCCCAUUACACUAACCUGCUUUAUCUCCAAAGAGGGCUUUAAAUAUCGCCACAAGGAAAGCGAAUGGAUUAUUUUCCCAUCAUCCUGUUUUUUCUGUUUUUUUAACGGGAAUACGUCGGAGUCCAUGAUAUUAAUCUGAUUCACAAAUGCUGCCAAGUAUAUCGACAUUUGGGACUGGCUCCCAGCAUGGACUCUUGACUUUUUAAUGGGUUCUGAGCCCGGAUGAUGUGAGAUGACACGAUGAAGACAUCAAUGUUGAGGUGGGGAGUAAAAAAAUAAUAAAUAUGAAAUCUUGAGUGAACAACCCCCCCUCUACCCAACCACCCCAUCCUCUGUUCAGAACUCUGUGUUUUUUCGUUUUAAUAUUUACGUGCGUGUAGAUAACUCACAUUUUGUAGCUGUUUUUUGUUUUGUUAUUUAGUUGUCGUCGUAUACUUUUUGUUUCUUUGUUUCCCCUGUCAUGACGUUUGAAGCACAGGGUCGAUAUUUUUGUCAUGUAGGGGGGAAUACGCAACAAGACCUGCAGGAUUUGUUUUAAUGCUGGGUCUUUAAGAGAAAGGGAUGGGUAUGUGUUCGGGGCAAAGAUUUGUUUGGCUUAUUAAGGUCCACGUUUUUCACCGAGCAUAGAGGAUGUGUGAUUUAAGCUUUUCAACGCAACAACCGCUAUGCUUGUACAGUCUAUUUUGGAUAAGCUUAGGAGGGGAGGGAGAAAUUAUUCAUUUCUUGUUUUUUUUUUGUUUUUGUUUUUUUAAAUGGCUGUCUUGUAUUUGGUCUGAAUCCACAUUGUAUAUUUCUAUUCAAAUACCCUACAUUUAAAUAAUCUAUUGCCUUUCUGAAAUUGUUCAAGUGAACUCCCCUGGGUUACGGAUUACCCUAUUUUGAUUUGAUGUUUUUAUCCUCCCUGCCAUGUUCUUGCCCGAAAGUUACACUGACAAAUGUUAAUUUAGUCUUUUAUCGGAUGGGGAAUAAUCUAUAUUGUCUUACUAUGCAUCUUUUUAACGAAGCGAUUUAGAUGGGGUGGGGGGGUAUUUUUCAGCAUUUUAGGUCAUUUAAAGAGGUAGCUAAUGGAGCCUUUUAUUUCAGUUUGUUUUUAGCCAGUCUAAUUCCGUAGCGUUUCUCAGUGCUUACCAGUAUCGUCAUGCCGUUGUCAUGGUGUGACACGUUUUUUUUGUCUGUGUUGGUAUCGUUGUCGAUUUUUUAUAGCACGGAAAUUGGGUAUAUCUUUUUUUUUUUUUAUAUCAUACAAUCUUUCUUAGCCAAAUAAGAUUAACUUGUAUAUGGUAAAUACUCGAAAGAAAAAAAUAAUGGAAGCACAAAAGAACAUAUUGUUUCUGGGUGCUAGUUGCUUUCACUGUAAAAGCCACCUUAUAUAAUAUAUCCUCAGUGGACCUAUCCAGGAGGCUUUUAAUAGGCCAGAUUGAUGGUUUAAAGAAUGCAUCUUCAUGAACUUCUCCCCCUGCCCCCUCUAAAGACCCCCACCUCUUGGCCGGGGGGGGGUGGGGGUGGCGGGUCAACCUAUUCUCUGUACUAUACCUAGAAAUCCGACUGACUGUGUUUGUGGGGCAUUCUGAAAAGAAAAAAAAAUCAUGUACUUGAUAUUUACUGUUAUGAUGUCAAUAUUGUUCUUCGGUGCUGGUCUCACGACGUGUACAAAAUAAUUUGGAUGCACUUUUGGCUAGCAGAACGCUGGUAUGGUAUUGAGCGCUUGACAAAUGUGCGUCUGCUGUGCUGGGUGGCAGUGGGCGAGAGCCGCCGUACCGUGUUGACACUGGUGUAAUUGUGUGAAAAUGGCCGUGUGUCCUACCUCUUGUUACCUGUUUAAUGCUAAUGGUAACAUCACACCACUGGCCAUUUCCUCACAAUUACCCCCCUGCUAUCUACCAAAUUGGCUUCUUUUUUUUUUCGCGUCUCGCAUCGAUUCUCAAGGUUCAAGUUCGUUGCUCGCAUGAUCGCAAGGAAGUGCUAUUUUGUGGAGACGGAAUGGUCAAGAAAAAAAAGAAAAGGAUACUGAGCAUUGCUGUAUGACCAAAUGAUCUAGACUUUUGUUUAUAUAUUUGUAGCGUUUUCCAUAUUUUUGUUUUGUUUCAAAACCUUUUUGAUAUUCUCCAGUGGUCAACACAGUAACAUUUUGAAUCGUAUUCGUUGAUCAAAGGCCAAGCUCAGUGCCGCAAAAUCACAAUAUCACUGCAUGAACUAUUUAGAGAAGUUGGUGAUUCCGUCGUGUUGCCUAGGGAACUGUUCUUUUGGCAGUUGCCCUGUGUCGUCACCACUAGUAAAUUAUAGGGCAGGACUUGGAGAAAGUAGCACAAUGAGAGUGGCAAAAUAAAUGCAGGACACCUAAGAAUGCCAUAAUGGCCUCGUACAGAUGCAUUUUGCUGCAGAGCAUUUUAAUCUCCUACAUUUGUAUGAAUGUGAUUUGCAUUUUCUUUUGCCCCCCAAACUCAUUAGUGGGAUUUAGCCGGACAGCUUUCUUAAAUUGUGCAGAUUGUAUUUUUGUCAUGGCGAUUGCAAAGUCUGCCAAUGGUUCUGCUCAUCGAAGCCUGAAUGGUUGUUCUUCUGAAUGCUGGUCUUUGGCCACAAGGCUCGAUAUUUGAUUUAGCAAAUGUUUAUUAUUUUCGUCAUGCUCCUCAAAGAGGACACCCUGACAUUCUCAAUCUUGGUAUGCACUUCUUUUGUAUUGCCGAAAAACACGUUCCUUAUUCGUCUCCCGAAAGGUGUCCAUUGGUAACAAUGGUAACUAAAAGCAUUUCAUCCAGAAGUGACCCCAAACAGCCAUCUUCAGCAUCCCCACUGUGGGAGUACCAGCGUUCAUCAGAAGUCUUACUAAAAUUCUAGAUAUCAGAGUAUCGCUCUAAUGAGAUUGGGUUGGUACAUAUUACAACUUCCAUGUUUUACAUUUAACAGCACCUUAGAAUAACAGAACUGAAAAAAAUAGAAAAUAAAAACGUUGACAUUUUUGCACUAAACCGAGAAAUGACAUUUUUUACGGUGUGGCAUAGUAAGAGCUCAGAGUUGAAUCCGAUUGCAGUCUAGCAGCACCUCUUUAAUUGGUUAAAAGCCCACGGUUGGUUGUACAUGGAAAAAUAAGUUGGUUGUCCUUCACAGAAGUGAAAAGGUGUGUCUUGUUCUGUUGGACUUAUUCUCACAAGGCAGUUCAGGUUAAAUCUGGCUUAAUUUGUGCUCCGACGGGCAAGUGAGAGAAGAGCAUUUACAGAGAGGAGUUUAGAUGGUACAUGGUGUAAAAGAUGGUAUACAAGACAAGCAGCCACUUGUAACCAGAGUGUAACAAGUUGCUAUAGAGUUGGGGACCUACUUACAGGGGGUUAUGGUUUGUAGGGUGGCUGAUUCUAACAUCCAUUGGCCCCAACAUCAGCCUCUGCUGUACUACAGUCUAUCUAGCCAGGCAGCCUUGGUGGCCCAGUACCUAGCCCACUUCUUUGAACAUGUCUGAAUGCCUUGAAUGCUCCGACGCUGUCUUUUGUUAAUUGUGUAUAUCCAUGUUGAGUGGAAGAAAGCUCUUUAUGCAAAACAUGGCCUCUAUAUAAACGGAAAUAAACUGACGGGUAUUGGAAGGUGGUUCCUCUGACUUUCACAUUUGUUGCCACACUGCUUGUUUUUAAGUUGCAAUGCCAAAGCAAGUUUGUCGAAAAGUGAUGUGGAUGAAAUGGUGUUGCAAAAGAAAACGAAAGACUGCAAGGUGCAUGAAAAAAAAGACUUGUGCUUUCAUUAAACAGCAUUAUGUCAGGUAGGGGUGGUUGUAUAUCAAUAAUUUUGUGAAACCAUAUUUUUAUAUCUUCAAUGUUUCAAUAUAUUCAGUCAUUGUGAGCCAAAUUUGUAAUGUUUUAUUCAACAAAGGAACAGCAGCCAUAUGGAGCUCUUCUGGUUAAAAAAGCACACUGGCUCGGCCAACUAUGUAAUUGUAAAAGAGUGGUGUGUUUUUUUUAGGCAUAACAAGCUUUUGAAUCUUGGCAACAUCUGAAAUUAGUAUCUUAACGAAAUCAUGUCAUACUUUAUUUAUUUUUGUUCACCAUCACCAACUCGAGACAAGCUCUCAUUCUGCAGACUCGCGCGGUCCACUCGUAUCAUUGGCUGGAGGACAAAAGGACCAGGGUUCAGACGUGGUGCGCUCCAGCCCCACGUGUGCCCGGGGCAUAAUGUAGUCCCACCUGACAGGUGCCUCAUUCUGGGGCUCAUUCGGCCCCCCUGAUUUGAAUGGCUCUUCACUCGAUGCAAAUAUGACAUGCAUAUGCGGCGUGCUUGUUUAUCUUGGUGCCUGGAAACAAAUGGGAACACUAGGAAAGGCAUUCAUUUCACACUCGACAGGCAAGCAGGAGGGUCUCUUUGACGUGGAUCAGAAAUUCAAUGUAUUCACCUUUCAAUGUGUGAUGGACCCAGAUGUGUCGCCCUGUGUUAACAAUGAGGGCCGUAUUCUCAGUUCGGUUUGGGUGAUGUGUUUCAUAGAUGCGUCGUUUUUUUUAUAGCUGUACAAAUGUAUUGAGUUGUUUGGGUGGUGUUGUAUAUUUGGCCAGGUCUGAACUGGCAUUUAGUGUUUCUAUGCUCCAACCAUGCUUUUUAAUCCACUGGCAUUCGAAGCUAACUCAUGGAUCCACCAUUAUCAGUAAAAGCCUCAACGUUACUUGAUGAAAGUCGUCAUUAUCCAAAGCCUGGCUCUAAGCACUGUAGCUUUAUAUUAUGCCUGGAAUCUCCGCUCCGGAAUUAUACAUCUCAUCCAUCGGUUUUCCCAUCUCUAAAAUAUCUUAAAUAUAAACCAAGAGAAAUCCUUUUGUGAAAUUCAAGUUUAUUUUCGUAGCGAAACAUGAAUGUAAUUGGAAGCCUGUGCGUGUAAAAUGGUGCAGAGUGUCCAAUUAGGACAUUUGCUACCUGUAUUUAAAUGUUAUGCACAUCCUUUUCCUUAGCAACCAAACCAUUUUCUAUUGAUAACUGUCAAGUUAUUAAGCUAGAGUUUCACUUUUUAGCAUUGGCAAUGUUAUAGAUUUCAAUAUGGAUCUCGUGGAAUCGUAUGACGCGCAUUCGUUUUAGUACAAUUUCUGUCGGAUGUAAAGGUGGCUUAAAGCUUUUAAUUUGUAGUUCUUCAGUACUAGUCAGAGCGUCACAGGGUGAUCUUGUUUUCUUAUACUCAUGCUUGCGUGUGGUGCUAUAACGUGUGUGUGUGUGUUAUAUAAUUGUUGGCACUAUAGUGCAAUAUUUUCUAUGCCUUUCCAUGUAGUCUUUGAUCUGAUUUUCUCAAACGUUUAUAUUUUUUGCUAGUUUGUCUCUUUAUUAAUGUCAUCAAAGUCCUUUUUCCAGAUGAUGCUCACUGGAGCAUUCAUUCGUUUGCAAAUGCUUGGAGUAGCCAGCAGCAGUCAGUCCCCUAGCUGUUCCUUCUUGUACCAAGUUCUCUCCUGGGUUGACUAGGCCCUCUGUUUCACCUGACCUGGAGGCCAAAACCAUGUUGCUACCCUUAGUCCAGCCUCAGCUUCACAGCCGUAAUGUCGUCUUUUUUCUUAAUAUAUAUUAUCAAACAAACUUUUCUUUGUAUGAAACAAACCACAAGUGAUUCUGCCGGGUAAUCCCCCAAAGUUGUUAAUUUUAUGUUGAAAGUGUCUGCUAGCUCCAAUACUAAAAAGGCUGCGAUGGUGCUCUGCCUUCCUGCUGACAUGGAGGUUGAUAGGAUUCUGAUUCAUAACGACCGGGCUCUUAACCAAUCCCCCACGUGUACACGACUACCUCAGCACUGUGUCCGGUGCGAGCCGCGCUACAGCUCCCUGGUUCAUGUCCCCUUUUGGUUUUUAACCCAACGCUAGGGACCAAAAUCCCGAGACGCUGAUAUCAUACACAUUUCUUGCCCUGUUUUCCCCCUACUUUGGCGUUUCGACCCGAGAAUCCAGCAACGUCCCUCGACCGCCCGGCUGUCUCCAAUGAGCUGCUCACAGGGGUAGCUUGGAGGAGCAAAGGAUCCGCUCUGAACUUGGCCCUCCUAUUUCUUUCAUAAACACUAGUCAAAAGAGCACACUAUUGCUAGCUUUGGCUCGCAAUGAGCCAGUGGGCUGCAGUCUCCACGCUGAUCCAAUGUUAAAUGUGCCACUUGGGGAUUUGAUUGGUGCUGCAACAGAGAGCGCAUGGUGGUCAAUGUUCACUCUACGGCUGUUGGCGUUUUGGAACUUGUUAAUGUUAUGACACGACAAGCUAGUGGAUUAUCAUGGGCAAGACAUUUACAUUUUGAGAUGCAGGAUUAUUGAGGGUGAUAUUCUACUUUGAUGAAUUAUCGGAGCAGCCCAACUUGAGUUGCUGUUGAGCACCCGUCUAAAACACCCGUCUAAAACACUUGUCUAAGCCGGUUCACCAGGCAGUCUUUCCGGACCAUGGCUGGUCUCCAGGUCGUCUAUGACGCUGGCUGUCUCUGGAGGACAGGUUAGAUCUUUAUGUCUGUUUGUCACCACUUUGUGGUCCGUAGUUGUGCUCGUUUCAUUGGAUAGAGCCACUCCAGAUGUAGUUUAAACAAGUUACCAAGUGCUGCAAUAACGAACAACUGUCCCUCGUAUUUAGUAAAUCUUUCACCCAAGUAAUUGAACUAUAACACAAAAUGGCCAAAUGUUACACCGUUUUGAUAGGGUUAUCAGAUGUAUUUUUGCAUGUGACAAUGUAACAAAGGGAAUAUAUGAAUUUAUAUAUACACAAAUGAACUUGCUUUGCAUUGUAGUGACAUUGUGACUUCAAAGGAAAAUGUACACAGACAAGACUUUGUGGCAAAUUAUGUUAUCAGUUUUGUGUGUUUUGAGCCAGAAUAUCCAGUAACUUGGGGUGUGUGGGUGUGUGUGUGUGUGUGUGUGUGUGUGUGUGUGUGUGUGUGUGUGUGUGUGUGUGUGUGUGUGUGUGUGUGUGUGUGUGUGUGUGUGUGUGUGUGUGUGUGUGUGUGUGUGUGUGUGUGUGUGUGUGUGUGUUUUUUUUGUUACCGGCUCCCUUGAGUUUCAGUUAGGGGUCGCCCCCGCGUCAGACUGACUGAACCCAGCUGCAAGGCUUGCCUACAUGAGUUCACAUCCUUACCCAUCAUUGCGCCACCUUGAGUGUAGAUGCUGCAGAGAAUGAUCAGUAUUCACGUUUUGCACUUUCAAAGCGAUCUCAAAAGGAAAAAAUACAAAACACAAAAAAAAUGCAGAGAGUAACAGAACUGACGAGGUAUUUUAUUCCUUCAGUAGGAAUAAUGAGGAAUAACGACUUCGAAGAGCUUUUCCAAAAAACACAAGGUAAAGAUGUAUAUCUAUCUAUAUAUUGAUGAAGUACCUCAUAUGCCUGAUAUAUGCUGCGUUGACUUUUUUUUCUUUAUCAUACUUAAUAUUGUUCAGUACGAAUAUUAUACUUUUUGCUGGGGAGGUUUGAAGGUCACAUGGCACUGUGCAUGUUUUUAACUAUUCAAAAGGGAGCUCUGGCACGUUCUCCGGACAAAAAUGUCCACCCAUCAUUUUCCUCAUCAAGACACGCGCAUGAUCUUCAUGUUCCUCGGUCGUGGUUCUACUACCCCCCCACCGUCAUUUUUAUGUUGGGUUUCUCAUCUGCAUGAGUUCAGCAUAUGCUGAUCCCAAGUCCAGGCUCUACCUUAAGGCUUUCUGUGGCCAGGCAGGGGUUAGACUGGACUGUUAUCUUGGGUAUUGGCGCAGAAAAGGCUUUAUCUGCUCUUCCUAUCCCCCUGCUCGGGUGGUCUUAAAACGGCCGCUGCUACCCACCUGAGACACUUGUGUUGUCCUGUUAUCGUCAAGGGCAUUUGGCCUUAGGGACACAAAGUAUGUAUUUCAGUUACACCUCCGUACUGUAGUACUUGGUUUUCUUUUAAUUAUGUCUAAAGAAUAAUUGCCCAGGGUUCAACGUUGCAUCUUGGGAUGAGAUCCUUCCUCUUUUAUUCAGCCUCAUUUUAUUUUCUCAAAUCUUUUAAUCGAUCAUCCCAAAAACUGACAAUCAUCAGCAAUUUUCUCUCAUUUUCUUGUCAAUCAUAGUGAUCCCCUCUCAGUUACACAUCCCAGACUCCAGGACACUCCGGCCCCUCCCUUCAUGUCAAAUUGUUCCUCUAAAUACUGCCAUUGUAAGAAAUGAUAAGCAAUGUGACCAAAGUCUUGGCACAAAACAAAAGCAACACACAAGUCUCCUGCUCAGUGGUUGUGUGAACUCAAACCUCCCGCCAUUCAUGUCAUUGAGCCUCCUCCUUAUUUAACCACAACAUGCCAAAACAUGCAGUCAUUCCUGCUCACGGUGAGGGUCCUUCAGUCUGUUCUGACCCACGGCUUUGCUUCUUCUUCUUGUUCCCGUCAUAGCACACAUGUAAGCUUUGAUUUCUAUAUUGCAUUUCCUUUUUUAUUGUUUGGUUUGUUAACACCUAUGACUACAAACGCAAUCUAUGCUCUAAACCCUGUUAGGACAUAAUGUGAAUACUUAUCACUAAAUAUACUUAGUUUUGGCUUGACUGUAAGUUGCGUUAAUAAAAAUGUUUUAAAGUUUC